GGAGAGAGAUAGAGAGAGCCACUUGUGUAGGCUGCACGCAGGUGUGACAAAAACAAAAAACAAAAAGAAGGCGUCCACUAUGAAACUGGACGGCGAAGGGCUUCCAUAAAAGACAAAGCAGCAACAAAAAAAAACAAAAGAAAAGGGAAAUUGAAGGGCGAUUACCGCUAGGGAUGGCUCGACCGACUGCCACGAGCACAACAGGCAGGCCGUCAUCAACGACCUCCUCCGUCACUACCACCGUAACGAUCGAUAACUCUGGCGCCUCCUCGCAACCUCAAGAAACCCUCGUCCUCGAACUCCGCCCCAGGAAAAAGAAAGUUACGUGGAAAAAGGGGACCGUGGACAACGAGUUCAUGAACAAGAAGAGCUCCAAGAUCUGCUGCGUUUUCCAUAAAGAAAAGCCCUUUGCUGACGAC